UUGAAAAUAAUGACAGUCAUGAUGGGUCGGCUGUUGCUUUUGCUGUUUUCUGUAAUAGCUGUUCACCUUCCCCUGAGGUAUGGCUGCAUUAAGAUUAUUGGAGGACACACAGUAGCUCCUCAUUCCAGGCCUUUCAUGGCUGCGAUACAGAAAGGCAGAUCAACUGUGUAUGGGGGAGCUCUUAUUGAAAAAAACUUGAUUUUGACAGCAGCACAUUGUAAACUAAUGGGAAGAUCAGAACUUAAAGUUGUUCUUGGAGUCCAUCAACCAUCCAUAGCUGAAAAAGAACAGCAGAUAUUUAAGGUUUUGAGGCACUGUUCCAAUCCCCAGUUUAACUCUUCUUCCAAAGAAAACGACAUAAUGCUCCUUAAGUUAAAUGGUAGUGCAAAUGUAAAUCAAUAUGUGGCUCUUUUGCCCCUACCUUCAUGUGAUGAAGAUAUCAAAGCUGGAACAAAGUGCCAGGUGGCAGGCUGGGGACUCACAUCUUCAGGGAAGCCCUCAAAGUAUCUUAAGGAAGCAACUGUUAAAGUCAUCAAUAGGAAAACCUGCAGCAGAAACUAUAAAAAACAAAUAAAAAUAACCAACAACAUGUUGUGUGCUGGGUGGAAUAAUGCAUUUUCAAAGAGUGAUGCCUGUCAGGGAGAUUCAGGUGGGCCACUAAUAUGUUCUGGUAAGUACAGUGGAAUCAUUUCUUUUGGAAAAGGUUGUGGAAAAAUGUGCAAACCUGGAGUUUAUACACGACUGACAGAAAAAUACCUUCACUGGAUAAAGAAAAUAAUUGACAACUACUGAGAGCAAUGGUGAUCAGUUCUCACUUGCCAGUGACAGAGGCAUUCACUUCAGUAACUGUCAAUGAGCAAAACAAUAUUAUGAGCACAACAAGUUAUUUUGCAUAUUAUUAAUGCAUUUCAAUGUGUAUGAUGGUGAAUCCUGUAUAAUACACUUUUUUUGGGCAUCUCCUCUGAUAAGAGGGCAUCUCAAAAUAUCCCCAACCAGGCAGAUCAUAAACCUUUUCAUCCCGUUUAGCAGACCACCUCUUUUAUGCCUCUGUUUUUUGUCAGACUUCACCAUGUUUUAAAUGUUAACAUUUUUUUAAAGUUAAGAAAACUCUUUAAACUUUAAAAUUUGAAGCAUGAUGGCAGGAUACUACUCACCAUAGUCAUCAUGAUUAGGGCUGGGGAUUUUUUUGUGAAUAGUUAAUUUUUGAGAAAUAGUUUAUUCAUCAAAAUAUGAACUUUCUGACUGAUGGGAACUAUUUGUUGAAUAGAUCCCAUAAACAUUUUCUCAGGGAAAUCAUUGAGACAUAUAAUUUUGAAAAAUUAAAAGUUCACUUUUGACCUGCUCCAAAAUGAAAUAGUUCAACUUAUUUCAAAAUAUUUCAUUUAAAAAUAAAAUUAAACUUAUUUUAAAGGGUUAAAAUAUGAGAAAAUCAACAAAAAAUUCAUUUCAGGUUGAAUUGUGUUCAAUUAACUUUUUUUUUCAUUUUAGCAAGGAAAAAAAUGUUGUUAUAGGUCCACCCUAAAUUAUCCCCUCCACUCCCAAUCUUUUUGGUUCAGGCCCCCGAUUUAAUAGAUCAAUUUUUCACACAAUGCUAAUUAGAACAAUAUUUUAAUGCCUGAAAUGCUGAAAAAAGAAGGAACAUUCGUGUGCAAAAAGCAAUUUUACUUUAAGUAAAAAAAAAAAAAAAAAGAAGUAAUUUUACUUCUUUACCCUAAUCAAACUUCCAUCAAAGUGGCUGGGAGUUCAUGAAAGUGGAUCACCCAGAAAACCUGUCAACCUUCUAAGAAUGGCCAUAUAGAUAGCUGGGCAUGUAUCCAUUGACUUUAGUCCUUUUUUAUCAGUAUUUUGGGAGAAGGAUGAGUUCAUAUUCUUGAUAUGAAGAGUCUUAUGGUUGUUUGAUUGCUCUGCUCAUGGGCAGAAUUUUUGUCUUGGAUGUUACAAUUUUAAGAUUUAUAAAGUACCCCUAGAUUGGUACUUUACCAGAUAGGUAAGACAUAAAAUAAAUAUAAAUAAAUCAUUGUUUGUGAGAUUUAUACAGAUCUUGGUUCUGACCAGAAGUUGUGUGAGAGGAGACUUGAUGGUGGAAAUGUCAAAGCUGUGUUAACAGUCUGUCACAUGGUGAAGCAAAAUGCAAGCUCAAGGA